CCUCAACCCCGUCCAAUCUACUUAACCUCACACACUCCAACCUCUACCACACUUGAAUAUCCACCGAUCUCUUCCACCUCAAACCCCCAUCCCGCUACCACCGCACCAAAAUGGUCCGCAUCAAACACCGCUACCUCCUCCUCGACAUCCUCUACCCGGACCCGACCACCUGGCCCCGUCGUCACCCGCCCGCCUCUACAUCCUCCUCGUCCUCGUCAACGAUCCCGCAACUCCAGAUCCACGCGCCCACCUCCGACGCCCUGACGCCGAGCCUGCUGGCUAAACUGGUCCGCGAACAGGUCGCCGAGUUAUUCGGCGAUUGGGGCGUCGGCCGGCUGGGCGGGGCUGGUGCCGGCGGUGUUAGUGUCAAAUACCUUUCCCCGGCUACAUCGACGGCGAUCAUCCGGUGUCCCCGCGCGUCGUUCCGGUUGGUGUGGACGGCGUUGACGUGUUUGGAGGCCGUGCCUGAAGUUGAUCAAGCUGGAGGAGGACGGAAUCCGGCGCUGACGAGACGGUGUGUUGUGCGCGUUGUGCGGGUGUCUGGGACGAUGCGGAAGGCCGAGGAGGAGGCGAUUCGGCGGGCGAGGAGGGAGGUUUUGAAGGUGCGUGGGGGUGGUGCUUUUGGUGCUGGUGCUGCUGAUGAUGAUGGGGUUUUGGAGGGGUUGGUGGGCGGGUUUGCGGAGGGGGUCUUAGGCGGUGUUGAGGUGGAUGAUGUUAUGGAGGAGGGUUUGAGUGAUGAUGGGUUGUGAGGGUGUGAGUGCUGUGCUUUUGUGGAGGUGGGGAACUGUGUUGUGCUGUACCUUGGCUUGCGGUUUU